GGGAGGGUGACAGAGAGCAGGCGUGCCCAUUCAACAUGCUCCAGGGAUUAGAGAAGCCUAUUUAAAGUUCAGUCUCCCCGUGCUGUCAGGACAGUAGACAGACUUCAGGACAAGGACGAGGCGCACAGACACGACAGCUUUUUAAAAUAAAACAAAAGAGAAGACAAGCGGAGGGUGAAUAAAGGCGUUUCUGCUGGAAAACUGUCCUCCUAGCAUCUCUCUUUAAUCCUUUCUGCACCUUUACUUCACCAGUCAGCUCCAUCAUGGGUGUGAAGAUGCUGCAGUGCUUUCCUUUCUACAGACGCUGCAAAGAGCGCUGCAAAAGCCGACAGUGCCCACCAGCACCAGUUCCUGUAGAGACGAAGCCACGUCUGUCCUCCACCACGUCGUGGGGCAGUGACAGCGAAGGUGCGUUGACCCCCAGCCGGGGCUCCCAGAUCUAUUUCUCCACCAAGGCCCGGCUAUCGUUCAGGCACCAGCUGGACAGCAACAUCAACGCGGUGGAUGCCACGUACUGAGUCUACAAGCUCAUGAGACUUUGGGUGAAGAAAAGGAAUCUGUCAGCUUCAGAUGGGCCCAGUUCCCUGCUGAACACACAGAACUCUCGACGUUUUAUCAGGUUCAAGAAGGUAGAGAUUAACCAGCUGAGACUUGUACACAGACUGGAAGAUCUGGGAAAGUGACCGAGUGAUGGGAGAGGAAAAGGAUGUUUACAGCGUUUACUACCAACAAGUGCAUUACUUUUAAGUUUUGCUGUUUUUUUUUUUUUACAUUUUUGGACUAAAUUUGUAAGAACUGGUGAUAAAUAGAGCUAAUCUGAGAUAACCCUCGUAAUUAUUUUCUAACAGUCAUCAUUAAAUCAUGAUGAGUCACCAGAACUAAUGCAGCGUUGGCUUAAAUCUUGUAAAGUUGCACGUUAAUAUUGCAUUACUUUAAUAUUGCUUUAUAAGUGUCAUAAGACACUGGAUUCAGGACGUUUUAAGAUGCUUUAUUGUAGACGAGCUUAUUGAAAUGGUUGAAUUAAACUAAGCCACACUGCUGCUUAACUGUAUUGUUCUCAUCUCCAGAUUUGUGAUUUAUAGCGAUAAUUAAGGAAGGACUAAUACACAACUGAUAAAAUAUUGUGUAAAAGUUUCAUUCUUAAGUAAAUAACAGAACUUGUAAUAAAAAUUCUCCUGUGACUUUA